AUGGCCACCCAGAUCUGCACCCCUACCUUCUCUGCUGGGUCUAUCAAGGGCCUUUGUGGCAUCUCUCGGGUGUCCUCUGUCCGCUCUGUGGGCUCCUGCAGGGUACCCAGUCUUGCUGGGGCUUCAGGGUCCAUCUCUUCUGUGAGGCUGGGCCUUUCAGGUCUUGGCAGCUGCUUGCCUGGCUCCUACCUGUCCACUGGGUGCCACCCCUCUAGCUUUGUUGGGACCGGGGGCUGGUUGUGUGAGGGCUCCUUCAAUGGUAGCGAGAAGGAGACCAUGCAGUUCCUGAAUGACCGCCUGGCCAAUUACCUGGAGAAGGUGCGCCAGCUGGAGCGGGACAACGCGGAGCUGGAGGCUCGGAUUCGGGAGUGGUACGAGUCUCAGAUCCCAUACAUCUGCCCAGACUACCAAUCCUACUUCAAGACCAUUGAGGAGCUGCAACAGAAGAUCCUGCUGACCAAGUCUGAGAAUGCCAGGCUGGUCCUGCAAAUUGACAAUGCCAAGCUGGCUGCUGAUGACUUCCGGACCAAGUACGAGACAGAGUUGUCCAUGCGGCACAUGGUAGAGGCUGACAUCAAUGGCCUACGGAGAAUCAUGGAUGAGCUGACCCUGUGCAAGGCUGACCUGGAGAUGCAGGUGGAAUCCCUGAAGGAGGAGCUAAUGUGUCUCAAGAAGAACCAUGAAGAGGAAGUCAAUACCCUCCGCUGCCAGCUUGGGGACCGGCUGAAUGUGGAGGUGGAUGCUGCCCCACCAGUGGAUCUCAACAAGAUCUUAGAUGACAUGAGAUGCCAGUAUGAAGUCCUAGUAGAGAAUAACCGCAGAGAUGUGGAGUCCUGGUUCAACACCCAGACAGAGGAGCUGAACCAGCAGGUGGUGUCCAGCUCAGAGCAGCUGCAGUGCUGCCAGACAGAGAUCAUCGAGCUGAGACGCAACGUCAAUGCCCUGGAGAUUGAGCUGCAGGCCCAGCACAGCAUGCGGAAUUCCCUGGAAUCCACCCUGGCUGAGACAGAGGCCCGCUACAGCUCCCAGCUGGCCCAGAUGCAAUGCCUGAUCACCAACGUGGAGGCCCAGCUGGCCGAGAUCCGCUGUGACCUGGAGAGGCAGAAUCAGGAAUACAAAGUCCUCCUAGAUGUCAAGGCCCGGCUGGAGUCAGAGAUCGCCACCUACCGCCGCCUACUGGAGGGAGAAGACUGCAAGCUUCCUGCCCACCCUUGUGCCACGGAAUGCAAGCCUGCUGUUAGAGUUCCUUAUCUCCCAAGCAUGCCCUGCGCCACGAAUGUGCCCUGCACCCCAGCUCCCCAGGUCAGCACUCAGAUCCGCACCAUCACUGAGGAGAUCCGUGAUGGCAAAGUCAUUUCCUCCCGGGAGCAUGUGCAGUCCCGCCCACUGUAAGCUGCCCACGUGGUGCACCAGGGCCGGCCUGGACCACAGGAAGGAGGACACCCCUGUGGCUCUGGCUGCUAAACGACCCCACCCUUGCCUAGAGGGGUCCCUGCUCAGCAAGUUUUUCUACCAAGAUUCUUCUUUUAUUGUGUUUCUCAUCUUAACUGUGCUUUUACGUCAUGCUAAACAUAAUCAGGUUUCACUGCAAAUUUGCCCAAUAAAGUGUGUUCUCUUGGCAUAGCAAACUCAA